AUGGCAUUUGGAAUGUUUUCAUCGAAUCCCUUGGAAGCAUUUGAACGUGGAUAUGGCUAUGAUAGCUUCAAUCCAUGGACAAACAGUUAUCCUUCAUUCUACCGGCAAAGGUCUCAGUCCGCAAGAAGGUUUGUCAAUCCAUCUUUCAUGUGGAACUUUCCAACUGAGAUAAUGAUGUCCGAUGAAGAAGACUAUCCACAAAGAAAGAAACAAUGCGCUCCUCAUCGCAAAGGCAAAUGUAGAAAGUGUAAACCAAAAACUACUAAAACAAAGCAAGAAGCACGACAUCAGCCUAUUUCUGAUGAAAACCUAAUUGAAAACAACGAUCGUCGUCCUUCAAAGAACACUGACAAUGGUCACAAUGAUUCAGAUAAUCAUGAGUCAGUAUCACCUGAGCACCAAAUGUCUCAUUUGAGUGUCACCGAGUCGGACGAGGAAGAGAAAGAUCGUCAAACUCAAGAUGAAGAAGAAGUCUCAAGAAAUGAAGAGGAGAAUUCAGACAAUUAUGAAACUGCUGACGAAUCUGAGAUAAACGAGCCUGCUCAACAGCCUCAGGAAAGCAUGUACGCCAGCCAAACUGAAGACACUUUCAAAGAUUCUGAAAAUCAACCGGAAGUAGAGAUACCGGAAGUAAACCAUAACAAUGAUGAACUUCCUGUAACAGAAAAUUCCUGUCAAUCAGAAAAUGCGAAAGACGACGUUGUCACCGAAGAGUGCAAGCAAGAGGAAACUAUUCAAGACGAAAUAACAAAGAAACUUGAACAGAUUGAGGUACAACUAAAAAARGCAAGAGAACUCGUUUCCAACGAUACUUUUUCUGAGCUCUCGAAGACUGAAAAGCAGCGGUUGUACUUUACAGAAAUGCUUCUUAGGUGCAUUUUAGAUUUAGACACUAUAGAAACACAAGGCAAUGAAACUGUAAAACUAAGACGCCGUGAAGCUGUACGAGAAAUUCAAAAAUAUUUAGAUCAAGUCGAAAAUUCAUAGCACCAGUCAACUCAUUAAUAUUCAUGUAGUUAUGUUUAUACUUAUUGUAAAUAAAAUGAUUCAGAUGU